AUGACGUCGUCCUCGACAUCUCCGCCGCCGCGCGAAGAAAAAGGAAAAGAAAAGGAAGGUUUGGUGAAAAAGCUGAUGAAGUUUGUGAAAGAGCACCAGAGCGGAAAAGAAGAAGAGGAAGAAGAAGAAGACCCCACGUCGUCGUCUUCCUUUUUUCCUCUGUGGGAACAUUUGAUCCAAGACGAGGACGUGUUCUCGCACGUGCUCUCGUUUCUAAACCCGACGGAGCGAAAGUUCGUGACGCACGUGUCGAGGGAGACGAGGAGAGUGAUGCUGAAGACUCUGAAGAUGCCAAUCGUGCCCGUGCAAAGGUACCGGUCGAACGCGCAGAAGAAUCAGUUGAAGAAGGACCAAAAGAAGUGGUCAGAAGAAGAGGCCGGGAGAAAAAUAAAUCUAAAGUCAGUGGAUUGGAAGACGUACUCUCCGUGGUUGAGACUUGCGAAGGAUACGAGUACUAUUCCCGAUAAGUUUACCAUCAAAGAGUGUCGAGGGACCGGACAGUUAGAAAUCGCUCUGGAUUUCUGCGUGAUGGACCCGCCGAAAGAGAUUGAGAUUUUCGUGGAAGACGGGACAAUCAGCGAGGAGUACUUUGUUCACAACGUGGCAAAAACGAACGAGAUUUCGUUGUUGAAAUGGGCGAGAGAAGUGAAGCAUUUGUCGUGGGACAGUCGAAUCUCGCGCGUCGCAACUGAGCAAGGAAACGUGCAGAUGUUGGAAUACGUCGUGAGACAAUUCGCUCGAGAUAAAUCAUUGUAUGAAAACGAUUACGAUUGGGAGCUUCACGAAGCCGCGCAUAAAGGUCAUCUGGAUUGUGUGCGAUUUUUGCUCGAGCACGUCGGUGGGUUUCAAAAAACAAGGUUAAAAGGUGGUUAUUGGCGCGAGACAGAAGGUGAAUUUAUCAUCUAUCACGCGGCAGGUGCGUCUCAAUUGCAUGUAAUAGAGUAUUUGUUGUCCCAAGGGAGCCCGGUGACGUCCGAUGCGCUUGUAUCUUGCGCCAAUUCAGGAUCUUUGGAGUGUUUGAAGUAUUUGAGAGAGAAUAGCAUUCGACGAGUCGAUUGGACAGGUGAUUUGGAAAUUGUGAAAUAUUGCGUGAACGACGGCUGCCCUUUAGAGGUGCCUCUAGACCGGCAACCCGAACCAGACGUGAUUACAACAGCGGUCGACUUUGGUCACUUGAAUGUUGUUCGUUUUUUGCGCGAAGAAAGAGGUUCGGGGUUGUCGUUGGAUAUUGAGCACAUUAUGAAAGCCUUGAGUAUGGGUAACGUGGAGUUAUUGAAAUACAUUUGGUUUCAUCAAACGUUUCCAAUUCCCGAGGAUUUUCCCGGACUCAUCUGGAAAUUAUGGGUGCAGGGAUAUCACGAAACGUUAGACCCAAAUUUUCCGCUUUGCUGGCUGCUCCGACGAAAGAAGCAAACAGAACAUUUCCUCUGCGUCAAGUUUUUGUACGAGGAAGUGCAAAUCCCGAUGAGCGAAGACGCAUACUGGCGUAUAUACGAGUUAGCGUUGACGUGGGGCGAUUGUGCGCUCUUAGAGUGGGUGUUUGAGAAAAUAAAAAAAGAUUUUAGUGACGGGUAUGAUCCUAGAAGUACGGAUAUACCCUUGCCUUGGCCAGAACCACAUCAUUGCGAGUAUGCCGCUGGGAAAGGAUACCUCGACUGCUUGCAAUUUUUGCAUAAAAUUGCAAAGUUUCGUUUCUGCACGCACACAUCUGAGCCUAUGGAUUUGGAUACCAUAAAGGUUGCGUUGCGCAACUAUCAGCCAGAGUGCGCUCGGUACGCGUUCGAAAUGGAAGCUUACGUAGUUUCGAGAGAAAAUAAGAGAAACUAUUCGACGGGAGAGAGUUACGUAGUUUCGAGAGAAAAUAACUAUUCGAAGCAACACAAGAAUGACGUGAGGAAGCAAGUUGAGCUGCUCGAAUCGAUAGCUCAAAGUUUAACGUUCGGAGAGCUGGAAGAGGCGAGAGAGGUGAUGAGAAAAGAUUUCGAAGGAUGUGAGAGAUGCGACGACAUACACCUUGAUGAACACUUUCAUCUCUUCCGUUUUGAAAACGAAUGGUUUACAAGUUCGGACGACGAGUCGUACGGAUCAGAAGACCUGUCAGACGAGGACAUCGAGAGCGUGACGCAAGAUCUCCCAGAUUUAAGCAGAGUUCUCUAUCCUCGCAGCGGCCGCAACAGAAACAACAACGGUCGAGGUGGCCGCGGUGGCCGCGGCGGCCGCGGCGGCCGCGGCCGCGGCGGAGGCAGACACGCGAUCUCGGGCGAAGCGGCGAGAGACACCUCCAACGUCCCGUGCGUUUUCUUCGCCAAAGGAACGUGUAAUAAAGGAAACGCCUGUAAGUUCUCCCAUCACGCUUCAUCCGCGGCGGAAGGAGCGGGCGAAGUCGUGGAUACCUCCAACGUUCCGUGCGUAUUUUUCGCCAAAGGAAAGUGUAAAUAUGGAGAAACCUGUAAGUUUUCCCAUCAGACGUAG